CCUUAUGGGCUUGCUUUACACGAAUAGAAGAAAGAAACAGGAAAAACAGAAGAUAAAGAAAGAAAAGGCAAGCCCUAAUCCCAAUUUGGUUUAUGCGACUCAGAAUCUCACCGGAAUUGAAUUGAUUGGGCUGAGAGAAUCAUGGGUGGUGAAUCGCGGUACGAGAUCCACCAGACCGCCUACAUUAAGCUGGUCCUCCACGCCCUAAAGCACCGGACCUCCGCCGUCAAUGCCGUCCUCCUUGGCCGCUCGGCCGCCGCCGGAGUCGAGAUCGUUGACUCCGUUCCCCUCUUCCACUCGCAGAUCGGUCUCCUUCCCCCACUUGAAAUCGCGCUCAUUAUGAUAGAGGAGUAUUAUGAAGAAAAAGGCUUGAGCAUCGUGGGCUACUUUCAUGCUAAUGAGAGAUACGAUGAUUUUGAACUCGGGAGUGUCGCUAAGAACAUUGGAGAUCACAUAACUCGGUAUUUUCCUCAGGCGGCUGUGCUUUUGCUGGAUAAUAAGAAGCUCGAAUCUUUACAAAAGGGGAAAGACCGAAGUCCAGUUGUGCAGCUUUAUAACAAGGAUGCAUCUAGUAGUUGGAAGCUAGUCGGUUCUGAUGCAAGCAGCCAGCUCGCUCUCAAGGAGCCUUCGGCUAAUGUAGUUCUUUUGGACUACAUCUCAUCUGAAAAAUGGAAAGACAUCACAGAUUUUGAUGACCACCUGGAUGACAUCAGCAAGGAUUGGCUGAACUCCAAACUUUUCAAUUAAGCUUUCAGAAGUUUCAAGAUUAUGUACACUAACUUCAACUUUCUGCUCGAUGCCCUUCACUUGGUGGUUGUCGAGUUUUGUAAGACCGCUUGCUUAUAUGUAUGUCUUGAUGGUUAAAUUUUUGAGAUUUACCAUGUCUGGUUUAGAUAUGAAAAUGAGUCGAAUAAUUUUGAUUUGAUUCA